AUGCGUUCGUUUAUCUGGCUGAGUGCACUUAUCGGGCUUGCCAUCGCGGCACCCGGAGCGUCUAUUCCGGAGGAGAACGACAAGCGGGAAUGGCUUGAUGGCUACGGCCGUGGCGGUGGAGACGGCUACGGCGGCGGUGAUGGUUAUGGACUGGCUAAGCGAGAGUGGAUGGACGGCUAUGGUCGUGGUGGUGGUGAUGGAUAUGGCGGUGGUGAUGGUUACGGUCUAGUAAGUGGCAAUCCAGCUCGUGGAAAGGAAGAAAUACUGAAGUUAUACCAGGCUAAGCGGGAAUGGCUCGACGGUUACGGCCGUGGCGGUGGUGAUGGAUAUGGUGGAGGCGAUGGCUACGGCAGAGCUAAGCGGGAAUGGCUCGACGGUUACGGCCGUGGUGGUGGUGACGGAUAUGGCGGCGGUGAUGGUUAUGGUCUAGCUAAGCGAGAGUGGAUGGACGGCUACGGUCGUGGUGGUGGUGACGGAUAUGGUGGAGGUGAUGGCUAUGGAAGGGUAAUGCCCCUCCCUACCUUAUCGCGCAGUGAAGAUGCUAAUGAAACUGUAUAG